UGGUCCUUUCCGAGCACAGCCUCUACAUUACAGGAAGUCCAUGAAAGCAAUUCAGGAUCCACUUCCGCCCCAAAGUUGAGAGUUACUCUGUUAAGCAGUGAAUGGAGGUCAUCAAAAGGAGGCUUGUCAACCAUCAACCGAGAGUUGGCCAUUCAGUUAGCAAAACACUCCAGCGUGGAGGUCAGUGUUUACCUCCCUGAGUGCAGUGAAGAGGAUAAACAAGCUGCUGUAAGUCACGGUGUUACUCUCAUUGAAGCAGAAAGAAGGCCAGGUUUAGAACCAGCAAUCUGGCUGUCUUGUCUGCCAAAAGACCAUGCUGUGGAUUGUGUGAUAGGACAUGGGGCCGUUCUUGGUCGGCAAGUACAGAUUAUUAAACACCAUCAUCAUUGUAAGUGGAUUCAGGUCGUUCAUACAGUUCCCGAAGAACUUGGAAUGUACAAAGGAUACGAGGAACGCAUUUCCAAAGGUGAGAAAAAGCACCAUGUUGAGGUUGAACUCUGUAAAUUGGCUGAUCAAGUGGUAGCUGUUGGACCCAAGCUGGCUGAAGCUUUCUCAGGUUAUCUUCGUCCCUGCGGAAAAGAUCAAGAUGUUCUCAAUCUUACCCCGGGCAUUUUUUCUGAGUUUGCUGAUGUAAAGCAAGCCUCUCAAGAGAGGAGCUCAUUCAGUGUUUUGGUGUUUGGACGUGGCGACACUGAAGAUUUUCAGCUGAAGGGAUAUGAUAUCGCUGCCCAAGCCAUUGCUGAGUUGAAAGACAUGACCUACAAACUUGUAUUUGUUGGGGCAACACGGGGAGAAGAAGAGAAAGUAGCAGACUCGUUACUUAAGCAAGGCAUUGAUCACAGUCAACUGAGGGUGCGUCGUUUUAAUGAAAGCAGAGAGCAGUUAGCCCAGUUGUUUUGUGAGGUAGAUCUUGCCAUAAUGCCAUCACGAACUGAGGGCUUUGGUCUAGCUGCCCUUGAGGCUUUAUCUGCUGGUCUGCCUGUGCUGGUCAGUGGGAACUCCGGUCUUGGUGAGGCUUUGAAGAAGGUUCCGUUUGCUUCGAGCUGUGUGGUAGAAUCAAAAGAUCACAGAGUUUGGGCCAAUGCAAUCAAAGCUGUUCGUCACAAAGACAGGGAGAUGCGUCUUGGGGAGUCUAAGGUUGUACGUAGAGCAUAUGCAGAAAAGUACAGCUGGGAGGAGCAGUGUGAUGAACUGGUAGAAAGGAUGAAAGUGAUUUCUUCAGAAGGUCAGUUAACAUACUGUUGUAUAUUUUGCUUCUUCUGUUGCAUGUAUACAUUGUAUUAG